UUGCUGUCGGUUAGCGGAAGUUGGUCCCGGGACCAGCCGCCUUAGCUUCUCGCUGUGGAGGUUUCUAUGGUCUGGCUGAAGACGGGCUACAGCACGACACCGGAGAUUAAGCUAAGAAAACACCACCACGGAGCAUAAACAAGCGACAAAAUGCCGCACAAUUUCCGACCCGGGGAUCUUGUCUUCGCUAAAAUGAAGGGCUACCCUCACUGGCCGGCUCGGAUUGAAGAUGUGGCUGAAGGAGCUGUGAAACCGCCACCUAACAAAAUUCCCAUAUUUUUCUUUGGGACUCAUGAAACAGCCUUCCUUGCACCAAAAGACCUCUUUGCUUAUGAGAAGUACCAGGACCGAUAUGGGAAGCCAAACAAAAGAAAAGGAUUUAAUGAAGGAUUGUGGGAAAUUCAAAACAAUCCACAUGCAUCUUACACUGCGCCUGCUCCUGCCAGCUCAUCUGAGAGUGAGGACAACGAAGCUGCAGCAGGAAGUGAUGUGCAAGAUGAUGAAGAGGCGGCGGUACCGAGGAAAGCCGAAUCAGGAAGUGAGGAAUCUGAUUCUGGAAGUGAAGAUCAAGGCAGAGGAGCAGUGAAACGGAAAGCUCCUCCACCGAAGCGUCCACCAGCAAAGAAAGGGCGUGCAUCGUCCAGCGAUCGAGAUGAAGAGGAGAGUGGCUCUCCCUCAGAGCCAGAGCCUUCCCCUAGCUCUGAGUCAGAAUCUGGCAAAAACAGUGAUCAGGACUUCACUCCACAGAAGGAAUCGAGCGGCCGGGGAGGCAGGAAGCCUGCGGGCAGAGGCAGGAGGAAGAAAGCGUCCUCAGAUUCUGAGUCUGAUUCAGGAUCCCGGUCAGACCAUAAGCGAGACAGGAGUGAUUCUGAGGAUGUGAAGCCACGGCCGGCUGUCUCUGGAUCCGAAUCUCAGUCUGGAUCCAAGUCAGAGUCAGAAUCUGAUCCUCCACCCAGAAAAGCGCCACAGCCACGCAAGAAAGAAAAGCCACCACAGAAGCCACGUGCAAGGAAGCCCAAACCAGCACCAGAAAGAGCUCCUUCCUCUUCAGAUAGUGACAGUGAAAGUGAAUCGGACCAAAUCAGCGAUUGGAAGAAACGAGAUGAGCAGCGCCGGCGGGAGCAGGAGGAGCGCAGGAAGAAGGAGGAGGCGGAAGAGCUUCGCCGGUUAAGGGAAAGAGAGAAAGAAGAAGAGGAGAAAAAGAAGAAGGAAAAACAGAACAAAGGACGGAAAGAUGAUGACAGCAGCAGCAGCAGCAGCUCGGAUGAAGGCGUAGACGACCACCCGCUUAAGAAGUCCAAGAAGCCACCGCCGCCUCCUAUCCCUGCCCCUUCAGAUUCUGAUUCACCACCGCCCACUGAGGUGAAAAAGGCAGCUAAACGUCAAGAUAGCCAGAAAGGCAGACAGAAGAAAGAAAAAGUGGUAAAAGAGAAAAGGGAGAGAAAAGAGAAGAAUGUGCAGCGGUCUGAAGAAAAACAUAGAACCAGGUCUAAGCCUGAGAAGCCAAAACGACGACCUGAGCGUUCACCUGAAAAGAGAGUCGAGAAGAAAAAAGAGCCAUCUCCAGAAGAGAAACUCCAAAAGCUGCACACAGAUAUUAAGUUUGCACUGAAGGUGGACAACCCUGACAUUGAGAAAUGUUUACAGGCCUUGGAGGAGCUGAGCGCUGUACCAGUCACCAGUCAAAUCUUACACAAGAACUCUGAUGUCAUCACCACACUCAAAAAGAUUCGAAGAUACAAGGCAAGUACUGCCGUAAUGGAAAAAGCUACAGAGGUCUACAACAAGUUAAAACUCCAAUUUGUUGGGAAGGUGGAGACAAACAAACCAAAAACACAAGAAAAUGUUGAAGAGGAAAAUAAAACGGAGGAACCAAGCACAGAUUCCAAACCAGUGAAUGGAGAGUCAGAAACUGAGAAAAAGGAUGUUCUUUCUGAAAGUGAAUUUAAGGAUCCAGAGUCUGCGGAGCAGGAGGAGCAAAGUGACCACAAGUCACAAAACAACGACAGGAGCGGAGCAGAUAGCCCUGCUGAGCAGCAAUCACAGACAGCUGAGGAAACAGAUCACACUUCAACAGCAGACAUAGAGACUCCACUCCAAAGCUGAAGCCUCGGACUGCUGUUUUCUUAACUGAACUGAGAACUUUGUGUAUUCUGUGAAGACUUUAUUCUUUACUCAAGAUCCACAUCGCUCUUUUACACGUGUACACACUCUGACUCUUUCCUUACAUUUGUGUCAGUUUUGUCCACCAUUUAUAAACACCUGUUAUGAUUGUUGUAUAUAAAAAAUUAUACAAAAGCUAUUCCCAGUUUAAGCAAGGUCAACAAAAGCCUUGUUUCUGUUCAGUGUGGCAGCGACCUUGCUCUAAAUGAUGUUUGGUUGUAGUCGACGUUAUUUAAAAACACUGAUAUUUAAAACAAAUGCCCAGGCCCUGAUAUGUGUGAAAACGGUGCAUUUGGUACGCAGUAGGCCACCUUUUGUUAACCAUACUCCAUUUCCUUUUUUCUUUCUUUUUUUUUUGUAUAUAAAAAAAAAAGAAAUCAUAGAAAAAAGAUGUUUUUGUUACCCAAAACUUUAUGUAAAAUGAGCCAUACAGCAGGCGUUAAUUAACUAUUUUCAUACACUAGUGCACCAGAAUUUUAACCAACGUGAAGUAUGAUUUGCGGUUAUAGUGGUCAGGGGCUUAAUGCUAAAUUCUGUAGAGCAGUCCUGCUGUCCAAGUCUUUUCAUUAUUAGUUCUGUGUCCAACGCCUUGUCUUGCGUAUAUAGAUGUUUUUAGUGCAAAUGUAAAUUGGUCAGAUCAUUUUUAUCCUUGAUGGAAAUUAAAAUAAACGUCAGCAUGGUGGCCCUAAUAA